AGCUCACAAAGACCGUUUCCUGACACUCUUCACUCUACGUCUACGGUCUCGGUAGGGAGUUGCAGAUCUACGUACCGGGUGCGCUAGAGACAUGCUCAUCUUCUCAUUCUUCAAAACACUCACGGACCAGGUGAUAACGGUGGAAUUGAAGAAUGAUCUCUCAAUAACAGGGACAUUGAAGUCCGUCGACCAAUUUCUCAACAUUCGCUUGGAUGGGAUAUCCGUGGAGAACCCAGAACGUCAUCCGCACAUGAUGGCGGUGAAGAAUUGCUUUAUCCGAGGAUCAGUCGUGCGUUAUGUCAAAAUGCAAGCCCGGAGCGUCGAUACCAAUCUACUAGAGGACGCGACGAGGAGAGGUGAGCUGGGCGGACACCUGAGCCCCUCAGAUCAAUGUCGAGGGUUGAAAAUGUAG